GUGUCUAUUGAUGGAAAUGACAGUGUUAGUGGCACAGGAAUGAUAGGUGAAAAUGAACAAGAUAAAAAAAUGCAGAUUGUCUUGCAAGGACACGGAACAAGAGUGACUGCAAAAUCUCAGCAGAGUGGAGAGAAAGCCUUUCGCUGUGAUUACGAUGGCUGUGGAAAACUGUACACAACAGCUCACCAUCUUAAGGUUCACGAAAGGUCACACACAGGAGAUAGACCGUAUCAGUGUGAGCAUCCCGGAUGUGGCAAAGCCUUUGCAACAGGUUAUGGGUUAAAAAGUCAUGUCCGAACACACACUGGUGAAAAGCCUUAUCGAUGCACAGAAGAGAAUUGUACCAAAUCAUUCAAGACUUCAGGAGACCUGCAGAAACAUAUCCGAACCCACACAGGUGAAAGGCCCUUUAAGUGUCCAUUUGAAGGAUGUGGCAGGUCAUUCACAACAUCUAACAUUAGAAAGGUUCACAUCAGGACACAUACAGGCGAAAGGCCUUAUUACUGUACAGAGCCAGGAUGCGGGAGAGCUUUUGCCAGUGCAACUAAUUACAAGAAUCACGUGAGAAUACACACAGGGGAGAAGCCCUACGUCUGUACAGUUCCUGGUUGUGAUAAACGUUUUACAGAGUAUUCCAGUUUAUACAAACAUCAUGUUGUACAUACUCAUUCCAAACCAUAUAACUGUAAUCACUGUGGGAAAACAUACAAGCAGAUUUCUACACUUGCUAUGCAUAAGCGGACAGCACACAAUGACACAGAGCCUAUUGAAGAAGAACAAGAGGCAUUUUUUGAGCCACCACCAGGACAAGGUGAAGACGUUCUCAAAGGCUCCCAGAUAACCUAUGUGACAGGUGUGGAGGGCGAAGAUGUAAUAUCUGCACAGGUUGCUACAGUUACUCAGUCGGGAUUAGGUCAACAAGUAGCACUAAUAUCCCAGGACGGAACGCAACAUGUCAAUAUCUCCCAGGCAGAUAUGCAGGCCAUUGGCAAUACUAUCACUAUGGUAACACAAGAUGGCACCACCAUCACAGUCCCUGCCCACGACGCCGUCAUCUCUUCGGCAGGAACACAUUCGGUAGCGAUGGUUACUGCAGAAGGCACUGAAGGACAGCAGGUUGCUAUUGUGGCUCAAGACUUAGCAGCAUUUCACAGUGCAUCAUCAGAACUGGGACAUCAGCAACAUGGGCACCAUUUAGUGACUACAGAAACUAGACCUGUUACGUUGUUGGCUACGUCCAAUGGAACACAAAUUGCAGUACAGCUUGGAGAACAACAGUCUCUGGAAGAAGCCAUUAGAAUAGCCUCCAGGAUACAGCAGGGAGAAACACCAGGGAUUGAUGAUUAACUUCUGAAACUGCUACUAGAACAAUAGAGUGAAAGGUAUUUUAUUUUCAAUCAACAAAGGUCCAUGCCAGCAGCAACCCAUGAAAACUUUGAAGUUCUCCGCUCACUGAUACUGGGUACACGUUUUAUGCAAGAGUGAAGAACAUUUUGCAAGUUUUGUGUACAUAACCCUUGGAAUGGACUGACAUCUUCUACUUCCAACCGUUGUAUAUUCAGGAAUAUGGAAUUAGGAUUAUGUAGUAAAUUUCCUUGUUAUCCUCUCAUCAGAUUUCAGACUGGUCUACAAGCAAAUGAAAUAUGAAAUAGAAGCAUUGGAAUCAAUUUUUAAUGUUGUAUACAAAUAAUGAAAGCAUUACUGAAGAUUUCAGAUGUUUAAAAUACCAUUAAAAAUCAUCAUUUCAGGAACCUUUACAAGUAAAAAGAUGACAAAGCCUUUUAAAUCGCGUUCCAUAAAUGGAAAAGUCUUGGAUUUUGAGCCUACUGUAAAUCUUCGUAAUUUGAUUAGUUUCAUACAGAUUUGAAUACUCUUUAGGUUAUCCACCCCAUCUCGUUCAUUGUAAAUACAGACUGUUAUUGCUGGAAGUGCUAAUUAUAUUAUCUUUAAAUUGGAUUAUGUACAAAGGAGAAACUUUGGUUGUUCAAUAUUAAAGGAAGUAAAUCUAA